AUGCCCGGUGCUGGGUCCCCCGUGUGCGUGCACCACCAGAGGGGCUGCCUAGCGCAGUCCACAGUGCUCGCUCUCUGCCUGGAGAGUAGGAUGCAUCCAUACACCAGCCACAGGCCUUCCCCAGCCCAGGGCAGCCCAGCCAUGCGGGAGAUCGCUGCAGCUGAGCCCAAGGACCAGCAGCUCAUGGUAGCCCUUCGAAUCCGCCCUCUCAAUGAUGCAGAGCUGGAAGAAGGAGCCACGACCAUCACUCACAAAGUGGGGGACCAGAUGGUGGUGCUCAUGGACCCCAGUGAGGACCCCGAGGACACAUUGCGCACCCACCGGUCCCGGGAGAAGACCUUCAUAUUCGAUACGGUUUUCGACCAGCAUGCAUCCCAGGAAGAUGUAUAUUGUGCCACCACCCAGCACUUGGUGGAAGGUGUCAUUUCUGGAUACAACGCAACAGUGUUUGCCUAUGGCCCCUCAGGCACUGGGAAGACCUAUACCAUGCUGGGCAUGGACGCAGAGCCUGGCAUCUACCUGCAGACCCUCACGGACCUCUUCCAGGCCAUUGAGGAGACCAGCAACAACAUGGACUACAGCGUGUCCAUGUCCUACCUUGAGAUUUAUAACGAAGGGAUCCGGGACCUUCUGAACCCGUCCUUGGGUUUUCUGGACCUAAGGGAAGAUUCUCGCGGAAGCAUCCAGAUUGCAGGCAUCACAGAGGUCUCCACCUCUAACGCCCAGGAGAUCAUGCAGCUGCUCACCAAAGGCAAUCGGCAGCGCACCCAGGAGCCCACGGCCACCAACCAGACCUCGUCUCGCUCCCACGCUGUGCUGCAGGUCACCGUGCGCCAGUGGAGCCGUGGCACAGAGCUGAUGGAGGCUGUGCACAUCGGGCGGCUUUUCAUGGUGGACCUGGCUGGCUCAGAGCGGGCGUCCCAGACUCAGAAUCGUGGCAAAAGGAUGAAGGAGGGCGCACAUAUCAACCGCUCCCUGCUGGCGCUGGGCAACUGCAUCAAUGCGCUCAGCGAGAAGGGCGGCAGCCGGGCACAGUAUGUGAAUUUUCGGGACAGCAAGCUCACGCGCCUGCUGAAGGAUGCCCUGGGAGGGAACAGCCGGACGGUGAUGAUUGCACACAUCAGCCCUGCCAGCACUCACUUCGAGGAAUCGCGGACCACACUGAUCUACGCCUACAGAGCAAAGAACAUCAAGACAAGGGUCAAACGCAACCUGCUAAAUGUCUCCUACCACAUCGCCCAGUACACAGAUGUCAUCUCAGACCUGCGCAGGGAGAUCGAGCACCUCAAGUCAAAAAUUGAGAAGCAGGAGAAAGAGAAGAGGAGUGAGCCCAACACCCGGGAUGCGCAAGUCACGAUCCCCCCGAAUGACACUGAGGAGGAGCGCCGCUUGCAGAUGAACAAGAUCCGGGCCCAGCUCAUCGGAGCCUUCAAAGAGCAGAUGGAGAUGCGGCACAGCCUGGUGGAGCUUGAGAAUACCAACAUCGAGCUGCACAUUGACACUUCCCGCCACCUGCUGACCAUUGCGGACUGGGAGCGGGAGAAGACCCACCAUAUGCACAGGGAACGGCCCCACGGGGACGAGGAGCCACCGGAGGCCGACACGGAGGGUGACGAGGGCGAGUCUGCGGAGCCACACGAGGUGGCCCUAGCCAGAGAAGAGAUCAACAUGCUUCUAGCUGAGCAGCGGAAAACAGCUGUCCUCAAGGCGGGGCUGGAGCAGCGCCUGGUGAACGCCAAGAAGAAGGCCUCGGAGAUGGAGAAGCUGCUGCCCAGGCAGGCCAUCAACGAGGACCAGCGGGAGGUGCUGAGGCUCCUGUGCCGUGCUCACGAGCUAGAGGUGGAGAACACGGAGCUGCAGGCCAACAACCUGUACCGGAAGAACCUGCUGUGUCAGAAGGACUUCGUCAUCCAACGCUACCACCAGCACCGGCUGCUCUGCGAGCAGAUUAUCCAGGACCAGCGGCAGCUCAUCCAGGAUGGCGGACUCCCAGUGCCAGACCCCCUGGACAAGCAGUACCGCCUAUACUCACAAGAGCUGGACGAGGGCACGCUCAACCGCCUGCUGCUGCUACACUCGCUGAUGGCCAGCGCCCUCCGCGAUGGCUCUGUGCUGAAUGUAUCUCCCCCGCCAGAGGAUUCCAGCCGAGACCAGCUGGACGACAGGAAGGACCUCCCGUGGGGCGCCCAGUUUGAGCUGCCGCCAAUGCUGUUAGAGACAGACAGCAUAGCUUCCAGCAUUGUCGCAACGUGCAAGCCACCACAGUAUGACAAACUGACGGAUGAGUGGUGGAAAUACGUCCUAUCAGAUGUUCAAUAUGUGGAGCAGUUAUGUGGUUGUGAUAGUUACAAAUCGUCAAAAGCCAUGCCCUCUAAGAAGCUGCGGAAGCAGGACUCUCUUCUCCCUCCAUUGUCCCUCCGCAUCCUGCUGACCCCUCCAGUUCACGAGAAGCCGAGCUCCUUGAGCGUGAAGGACCUGGUCUCUAAGCUGCGCUCACCGGUCAGCCUGGACCUGAGCACUCCGCGGACAGCGGCGGAGGCCGGGGGCCCGGCCCUGAGUGCCCAGGCCCUGAAGGAGAUGGCUGUGAGCACCAAGAGCAUCGCCCUCAUUGCAGCCACCCGGCGCUCCAAGGCCCAGGACCGUGAGGGCAGCUGCAGCCGCUCCCCCCGCCACCUCCCAGAGGAGAGAGCCCUGGACUCCAGGGAUCAGAAGCCCAGCAUCACCCCAAACCCCAGCCCAGCAGAAGACAGGCGGCAGCCCCAUGCAGGCCCAUGCAGGGACCACUCCGUGGAGAGGAAGGCCUGGGAGAAGCGGUCACCCUCCCUCACCUGGGGCAUGCAACUGGUGACAGAGAAGCUUCAGCCCUCCUCCAUGGAGCAUUUGGCCGAGAGCCAGCUGCCCCCUGCACUGCUCCCUCAGCCGUCCAAGUCAGGAAAGAGCUUUUUCCCAGCUGUUCCUGCGGCCUCCAAGAUAAAAUCCAGCCUCGGUCUCCAUGCAGAUGAGAACAUGCUCCACGUGCCUGAGGUCAGCUUCACCUUCCCCAGCACCAAGUGGCAGAGCAGUGCAGGCCCAAGCAGGGUGCCCCUCCUGCCCCGGGACAUUCGAGGAUCGACAGACAGCGGGGGCCGGCGACACAGCCCACUGCCCCCCAGCAAUCCCCGUAAGCACCAGGGGAGCAGUGCCAAGAGGCCACGGAGACUGAAAUAAAGAUGGUGGCCGGCAGGCGGAGAAGCCUGAAGGCAGGUCCUAAGAGCACAGACACUGGACUUGAGCAUGGGGCCUGGCAGGGGAACCCAGGGCAGCCUGCCCAUCCAGUGCUGCCUCAACAGCCUACCUUCAGAAGAAAGACCCGUCAGUGGCGUGUCCAGAACCCUUCCCAAAGGCCCUUUUCUGGUUAUUCCUGACUGCGGAUGCUCUUCCGGGAUCCUUCCACACCGUGGUUUCUGCUCUUCGGUGAAUGUGCCCCAUGGUGUGGGACACCAGCCACCACCGACCAGCACAGGCUUAGCUGCAGAUGCUGUUGGGAAUGUCUGAGCAGCUGCAGGCAGGUGGCCCCCAAAUCUUGGUCAGCCUACAGAGGGACACUGAUCCCCUUCCCAUGUACAACAGGCCCCUGGAGCCAGCAUGAGGGUAGGAGAAUGUUCUGCCAUUCUUGUGACCACACCCACCAUGUUGUAAUACCCCACCUAACAUACCAAGUAUGCAAGGGAACGUGUGGCUGACUGUUGGAAACAAGACAGAAUUGUCAGAGUACCCAGAACCAGCCCUGAAAACUGGGAACUCAAAAGUCAAGUAUCUAAUCGCAUUAGGAUUAUACAAGUUUCAGUCAUUUUUUUCAUUCAUCAAGACAGAAAAAAGAAAAACUAUGACCGCCAUCCCGUGGAGAGGUGGGGCAUUACCUCAUUGGGCUGCAGUUUUUGCACUUGCUGUAGUUUUCAAACCAGUGCCCUCCCCCAGCCUCGCUCUCAGGGGCCCCUUGGUGGGAGGCCGUGGGGGCCAGAGCCACUCCGUUGUGGCAGGGAGCCACCUUCCUGUGUUGGGCAGUUUGUCCCUAGAGGAGGGGCAGCCACCGGGGCUGAGCCCUGGCAGGACCGUGGCUGGAAACGGUGACCAGCUCGGUGGAUCUCUGGGGAAUCUGCCUGCAGGAGGGCUCUGGAGGGACAGGGGUGUGGUCCCUCAGCUGAGCAGCCUCAGGUCUUUGGCCCCGGGCACAUGAGGGGAGUCCAUAGAUGUGCAAAUAGUACAGCAGACACAGGGCCUGACCUCACUCUCUUGUCAAACCUGCUGCCACAAAAGACAGUACUAGUGUCUUUAUCGAAGCCACCUUGUCCCUGCUGGGUCCUUGUCUUUAAAAAAUUUUUUUUGUGGUAGACUGCAGAUAACAAAACACUUGCCUUUCAGCUAUUUUUACAUGUACAAUUCAGUGAUGUUAAUUAUAUGCAUCACCUUGUGCAAGUAUCACCACUGUUUCCAAGUGUUUUCAUCACUUUUAACAGAAACAGUACUCCUUAAGCAAUAACUCCCCUUUUCUCCCUCCCACCUUCCCUGGGUAACCGCUAAUAAACUUUGGUCUCUAUACAGUUGCCUGUUCUAGAUAUUUCAUAUAAGUGGGAUUAUACACUUGUGACUGACUCGGCAUAAUAUUUUCAAAGUCCAUCCAUGCUGUAGCAUGUAUUAGGACUUCAUUCCUCUUCGUGGCUGAGUAAUAUUCCAUUGUAUGGAGGGACCACAUUGCGUUUAUCCGUCGUCUGUUGAUGGACACUUGGGUUGUUUCCAGCUUUGGGCUAUUGUGAAUAGUGCUGCAAUGAACAUUGGUGAACAAGUAUCUGUUUGAGUCCCUACUUUUAAUUCUUUUGGUUAUAUACCCAGGAGUAGAACUGCUGAGUCAUGUGGUAAAUCUGUCUUUAACUUUUUGAGGAACUGCCAAAUUAUUUUCCACAGUGGUUGCACCAUUUUAUAUUCAAUGAUGCAUGAGGGUUCCACUUUCUCCACAUCCUCAUCAACGCUUGUCGUUUUCCAUUUUUCUCACAGUGGCCAUCCUAGUGGGAGUGAAGUGGUACCUCAUUGUGGCUUCCAUUUGCAUUUCCCUCAUGACUAAUUACAUUGAACAUCUUUCCAUGAGCUUGUUGGCCGUUUGUAUGUCUUCUCUGAAGAAAUGUCUUAGAAAUGCCUAGAGGGGGACAUUUGCCCUAGGGCGCAAGUCCGAGGGGGCCCAAGAUGAGGCUGGAGAAUCACCAACCCUCCCCCUCCAUGGUCUCCCUCAAGGACCCCGCAGGUGCCUGCAGUUUGCAUGUACCCUCUCUUCAUAUCCUAACACCCAUAAGAGGCAACCAGUUGCCAUGGAGUCGAUUCCGACUCACGGUGACCCCACGUGUGUCAGAUCAGAACUGCACUCUACAGGAUUAUCAAUGGCUGAUUUCUGGAAGUAGAUCACCAGGCCUUUCUUCCAAGGUGCCUCUGGGUGGACUCAAACCUCCAACCUGUCAUUUAGCAGCCAAACACAAUUACCUUACUGCCUUUAGUGGUUAGGAGUUAUAUUUUAGGCUUAAAUAUUUUAGAGUCCUAACAUACAUCAUAUUGAAACCAAAGUAAAAUCUUACUGUUUCUACAUUGGAAUGGGUGUUGUGAUAGACUGUGUGCAUUUUUUGUUUCCUUGUCUAUUUUUGUUGUUCACUAUUUAAAAUCUAAACAUAUGACUUCUCCUUUUGUGACUCCCUUCUUUAGUCUUUUUAUUUAUAUUAAACUCUGUUUACUUUUUUUGGAAGUAGAUCCCCAGGUCUUUCUUCCACUGAGCCUCUGGGUGGACUCAAACCUCCAACCUUUUGGUUACGUGCUUAACCUUUUGCACCACCCAGGGACUCCUCCAUAGGAGGUAAGGCUUAUCAUUUGAAGUGCUAUACAAAUGAGGAAUCCAAAGAUCAAAGAGGCCCCAACUCACAUAGCUGCUUGGUAACAACCCCAGGGUUUGACCAGCUCUGACUCUGGGGCUGGGGUCCUGCCACGCUUCUGUUACCCCACAUUGCCCUGCAGGGCAUUUGAAUCACAGUACUGCAGUGAGACUCAAGGUGGGGCAAGGUGCCUGAGUUCAUUAUUUAUCAGGAGGGUUCGUCUGUCCAUUCUUUGAAACUUCCAUCACCUGCGAAUAAAGUCGGUUGUCUUUUCAAUACUCAUACCUCUUUUUUCUUUUUCUUAUCCUAUCGACGCUCACAAUGCCAGGGCCACAUGACCCAGGACUCAGAGGUAAUCCAAAUCGCCCAGCUGCCUCCAUCAGUGGCUGAUAUUUGCUGUCUGAUAGCUUGCCUAAGCCACCGUUAGUUCUAUCUUUCUUCUGUCGCUACCCUGGUUGUGAAACUAGAAAUAGUUGUAGCUGGUGGGAGAUGUUGCAGUAACUGAAACGAAGUCCUAGAAAGAGAGUGCGAGCAAGCUGUGGUCAGCUGGGGAGGCUGCAGCCUACACAGCCUCCUGGGUCCCUGAGGGUGGGUCUCCACCAGCCAAGUUGCUGUUAGGAAGGGCAGCCAGCUGGGCCCACCAGAUCAAAGGGGCUCAGGGCCCAGAAAAAGAAAGACAGAGUGCCAUUUGUGCCAGAUACCUUGUAGCAGGUACCCUCUGAGCACAGGAGGUCACUGUGCUGCAGCCUAGAGAGCACUGAUGCUGGAGUCUAUGAUUUGGGUUCCAGUUCUGGCUCUGUGACUUACACAGCUGUACGUCUUUGGCAAGUUGGUUAACUUCUCUGAAAUCCUUUGUUUCCUUAUCUGUAAAUGAGGAGAUAAUGGAAGUUUCCUAUUGCUAUGAUGCUGAACAGGUUUUAACAGAGCUUCCGGACCAAGACAGACUAGAAAGAAAGACGUGGCAAUCUACUCCCAAAAAAUCAGUCAGUGAAAACCCUAUGGAUGGACCAGAAGAACUAGAUAGUGCCCAGCUACCAAUAUUGACCAUUUUAAUCAGGGCCACAGUAGAUGGACCCUGAUAAAAAAAACAAGAUGGACCCUGAUAGAAUGGGAAAAAAAUGUGGAACAGAACCUCAAAUUCCUAAAAAAAGAAAAAAGACUUACUGGACUGGUUGAGAUUGGAGGACGUCCCCCAUGACUACUGCCCUGAGAUACUCUUUAAACCUUGAACCAAAACUAACCCGAGGUCACUUUAUAGCUAAAUAACAAAAUUGUCUCACAAAAUAAUGACUAUCACCCGUGAGUACUGUGUUCCUUUAAAAAAAAUCACCUGUAUGAGACCAAAUGGUCAACAAUUACUUUCAAACAAAGAUGAGAAUGUAAGGGGGCAGGGAAACUAGAUUAAUGGAAACAGAAAAACCAGAAAGGAAAUAUUGAGAAAGUUCCCGCAUUGUGAAGAAUAACCAAUGUCACUGAACAAUUUUUGUAGAAAUUGUUGAAUGGGAGCCUAAACUGCUGUGUAAACCUUCACAGAAAACACAAUAAAAUAUUAUUAAAAAGACACAAAAAACCCUAUAGAUCGCAAUGGUUCCACCGCAUUCUGAAUGGGUUCACCAUGAGUUGGGGACUGACUCCUCGGAAAACGACAUGUGCUUAACCGCUACCCAUCUGUCAGUCCGCUGUCCUGUGGCGGCUUGUGCAUUGCUGUGAUACUGGAAACUAUGUCACCGGUAUUUUAAAUACCAGCAGGAUCACCCAUGGUGGGGAGGUUUCAGUGGAGCUUCCGGACUGAGAAAGACUGGGAAGAAAGGCCUGGCGAUCUACUUCCGAAAAUUAGCCAUUGAAAACCUCAUGAAUCACAACAGACCCCUGUCCUAUAUAAUGCUGGAAG